ACUUUAGCCACUCUCACCCCUCCCAUGAGGCCCUGUUCUUUCUUGCCUGGGGGGAAUAUAUGGGAGAGGCAUCAGGAAGGAGCAGGGUGGGCUCUGGCUUCCUCUCCUCCUCUUGCUGAAGAGCUUGGUGGAUUGUUCUCUCUUCUCAACUCCAGGGGGAGUUUGUGGCGGGGAAGUACCAGUGCCUCCUGUGUGAGAAGGAGUUUGUGUCAGAGAGUGGCGUCAAGUACCAUAUCAACACGGUGCAUGCGGAGGACUGGUUUGAUGUUAAUAGGGGCACCACCAAGAGCUUUGAAAAACAGGUGAAGCAGCAGCGGCAGCAACAGAAGGAGGCAGAGCAGAAAAGGCAGUGGAAGAGACCUCUUUCAAGCCGGAGCCGCAAGAGGAGGAGACCGAAGCCGGUUUCUCCAAAAAAGCCUCCCAGGAGAACUGCAGUCAGUUGGAACAAGGGCCAGGCCAGCUCGGUUGGGACCUGUCUUGGAAAUGGGGAGCAGGAUACCCCUGUGCUGAUUGGGACAAGCUGGGUCAUCUCUCGUGUGCCUUCCUGAUCAACACAGGGAUUGAACACUGCUGGGGAGAUCCUGGCCAAGAUUGUUCUGUAAUACAAGACCCUCUCUUCUGCUGCUCCUUUUUAGCUCCUAAAUGCAAAUUGUUAUGUUUCGGUGGUGGUUGAUUGUCUUUGUUAUUUAGGAUCUGCCUCUUCAAGAAUUUUCUUCUGCUACACCAAACGUUCUUAGCCAAAUCCUGUUCUGUUUCUUACUAGUUUCUUUGAGCAGUUAAUGCGUUUAUAGGGUAUGGAUCUUAAUGCAUUAGGUAAUGACCCAUCAUCAGUUGGAAUUGAGGCAUAUAAUAAAGCAGCACUCCCUUGGACUGCCGUUCUAGCCUUCAGCCAGUCCUUCUGGGCGAGAGGCUCCCCAGCAUCCUCUGAAUCUAGCACGUGAAAGACCUUUGUUGAGACUUGGGUGUGGGUUGGGGCACACUCCAGUUUGUAUUUCUCCAUUCAUUGUGCCCAUACUCCACCUUCAACCUUUCUUUCCAGUCAUUUACCCGUGUAGUCUUAUCCUUCCCUGCUGUUUUUAUUCAUCACUUUUUAAAAGCACCAUGCACAAAAGUCACUAACAUUGACAGGGCAGAAAAGCUGAUGGAGUUGGUUUGUAGUCCCCUGUGUGUGUGUGUGUGCAUGUGUGUGUGUGCGCACAUGUGUGUGUAUUUAUGUGCAGAAUGGCAUAGCAGAGAGUCUUGCCUUGAAUAAAGUUAUUUAUGAAUAAAGUUAUUUAUUUUGCAAAACCUGGAUUCACAUUUGAUUCAUGUGAAUCAAUUAUUUCUUUUCUCAAGUAGUGUAUAUUUACAUAGUCCAAAAAUUAUAACAGCUGUUCAUUCCUUAUUACCUGUGCAAGUUGCUUUUAAAUUAGUUGCAGGUAGCCUCUGGAUUUUCAGAGCUCAUUAAUCCUAUUAACCGUUUCUUUUUCUGUUUUCUCUCACCCAUGAGAAAACAGAAAACACCCAUAUAUCCAUGCUGACUCUUGUCAUUAGGCAGUGUAUCUUCAUUCUGUUGCUUCAUUCUGCUGCUCUUUCUUUCUGUUGCUCUUACUGCUACUGCUGCUUUUUACUGAUCAUACUCAGAGAUGCUUCAGUGUUUCUCAAGGUCAAUGAACUCAUUAAUCUCACCUGCCUGUCUUUCCCUCUUGUAACUUUACUGAGCAGAAAUGCUUUUUGCAAAAUAUAACUCCAACAAAAGCAGUCCUUACUCUUGCAAACUGUGCAUUGUAAAACAAAAUUUAAACAUUGAUAACAUGUUAUGCAAACACUGCACACACAACCAACCUAUAUGUAUAAAGCUUAUUAGGGUUGUCAACUGGGAAUGGGCUAAAAUGAGAUCAGGUUCAUAUACUUACAUUUUUAAAAGCAAAAAAAGUUACAAAUGUUUUAAGGAAAAAACACUUGGUGUUUUCUGGAAUCUGUGAGGAAUCAUCCUCCGAGAGGCCUGCCAUGUUUCAGUGCCAAGAUCCAGUCCUGGUGGCUUAAUUGCGGCUACACUGGCAGUCCCUGAUUAAAUCUCUGCCACCAAGCUGUGCCAGGAACUAGAAACGGGUUGGGUGGGGGUGGGGCCCAGGCCCCAUAACACACCUGAGAGAUUUUUGGCCUUUGUUCCUGCUGAAGCUUUCUGAGAUCCGUGAACUGAAGGGUCUUAGUGUCCUGUCACCUCAGCCCAGCGUAGCCAUGGUCUGUCCUUUCCCAAGUGAAUGUGGUUGUUUUGGGAGCCCUCGGGACUUGGCCAAGGUGGCCAUAGCCAGGGUCACAGGCACACACACACACACACACACACACACACACACACACACCCCAAUCCACCCACCUUCCUACUGAGGCCUGCACAACCUGGUGCUGACCUCACAAUGCCCCGUGUCUAGCAACAAGAUAAAGAGGGUCCUUAGCCUGUUCCAUUGCUAGAAAGACCAGGCAAGGCGGAAGGACUUGGAUGCUGCCUAGGCCCAGGUGCCUUUGGGGUGCUGGACCCUUCCCUCUCAUCUCCCAAGGGUGUCCGAGAUCUCCCCCCUCCCUGCAGCAGAUUGACAGACACAUCAUUACUCCCUGGUGGAACCGUUUGGAAGUGGGACUCCUGUUGCCCCCUCCCCUGCCUCUGCCUGCAGCUGGUGGGCCCUCCUGACUGAUCCAGGCAUAGCCGGAUCCAGGGUCUUUGUACCUCCUCUCUUUGUACCCUGGAAAAGGAGAGAUGCAGCAGCCCAGGGUUCCUGCCCAGGGUUUUGCUAAUGAGCAGCAGAAGCCCUCCAACUUGUCCCGCUCUCCUCCCCUGAGCCGGGGCAGUGGCGCAGUGGUAGAGUCCCCUCUCCUGGACCCUCUCCUGCUUCACCAGGAAGCCCAAGGGUGGCUGGACGCUCACAUCCAGAGGAAGUGGCUGCAGCUGCUGUGGGGGCUCCCACACCCGGUCCAUCGCUCUCUGGAGCAGUCUGUCCCAGUCCUUCCCAGGUUCCUGGCCUGCACCACCCUUCAAGAAGCCACAGGCCAGCAGAGGCCCCUUUUCAAGGCAGAACAGCGGCAGGACCUGGAACACCAUCUGAGAGAAAAAAUGGUGCAUCGUAAGUGGGGCCUCCCAAGGAGGAUCCAGAGGGCUCUCCGGUGGCCUCUUUCUCUUGAGCUGCCCUCUGCUGCCCCAGAAGCUCAAUGGGAAAGGCCCCCUCUCAAAGGCUGGAGUGCCACUAGACAAUGUAACCCAGCCACAACAUGGACUACUCCUGCCAGGACAAUGGCGGCUGAUGGCAGCUGGAGCUUGCCAAAAGCAGCUCCUGGUGCAGAACUGGCCAAGGAGCCCUCCCCUCUGAGUGCCAGGCCUUUGGUCAUGCAGCAGGAAGCUCUCCUGGGGGCAGAGAGAGAACAGCAGGGUGGGGAUUGCCCCCAGGAGGGUCUGCCUUUUUUCAAACUAUCUUGUUCACAGUCACCUCCAGGCAGCAUCCAGGCUGCCCCAUUUGAUGGUCUCUGGAGCACACCUGAGGUAAAGGGCCUUUCUAGAUGGAACCGGCAGGACUGGGAGAGGCAACUGCUCCACAGGGAUAUGCUCUGCAUGAUCGGUGAAGCCUCUUCCCCGGGGAGCCUUUCUUUUGCAAAAGCCACUUCUCUGAAAAGAAAGCCAGCCAUAGGCAUGAAAAAGCAGAAGCUGGAGGUUUCUCCCCUGGGGGUCUCUGAGGUCACGGACGACCUGGGAUGGCUGUUGCAGGCUGGCCAAGGUGGUGCUUCCAGGAUGACCUUUGUCCCAGCAGAAAAGAGGGUCUCCGGAGCUCCCGAGAGAUCCUCGGUGGCCUUUUACCUACAAGAACAACCAACUUUCCAACAAGAGGGACCCAGGACACUCCAGCUUUCAAAAUGGCUGGAAAGGGGCCAGAAGCAGGUGGACUCAACUGAAUCCCAAGAACUCAGGGCUUCUCCAGGCCCUCAGACAAUGGACCCCAGGCAGCUGUUGUUACCCCUAGUGGGGAGGGACCUGGGGCUUCUCCACCAAGAAAGCCCUGGUCCCGCUGGCCGAGCCUCCUGCGCUCUUGGCCAAGAAGACGCUCGGGAGCCCCAAUCCAUGAGCACCCUGGAAGAUCCCUCCCGCAGGCCCAACCUGGCUAGGACCAGGUCGAGGGUAACGGUCAAGGGGGAGGGUUUGGGCAGCCAGGCUGGAUCUUUCCCUGAGGGAAAGGGGACGUCCCUGACCCACUCGGGGGCUGGGCCAGGAGACGAAGGCAGCAAAGCACAUCGUCUGACGGAUGACCGGAAACGUUACUUUGAAUUUCACCUGCGAGAAAAGCUCCUGCACCAACGCUGGGGGGUCCCAAGGCGGGUGCAGGAGGUUCUGCUGCAACCCACUAGACCAUGAUGGCUUGCUGUCUGUUGCCAUGGCAAAUCCCCCUGCUUCUAACCAAAAAGUUGUUGGGGUCAGGGCAGGGCUGCAGAUGCCAUCCUUCUCUUUUGUGGCUAGAAAAGGGAUGGGUGGCCAAGCCUUUCCUGC